CAGUGGGUUUUUACCAGCCCAUUCCUUGUUUCUAUGCUGAAGGUGUCUUUGGAAAUACUGCUCAGCAGACUUGGCCAGGAGUGAGCUCAUUUCUUAAGGUGACCUUCAUGUUUCAUGCUGCAGAAGUGCAGAAGUUAAUCCCUCCAAAUUCAGAAUAUAUAGGAAAUUCCCAUAGGAAUGAUCUGAGGAGUGGCACAGGGAAUGCAUAAAAACAAUUUCCCAGAUCAAAUGUCUUCAGAUGGACUUUCUGAGAUUUAGGAAUGUGUAAAACUUUUGGUGUAGCCUCUACCCCUAAUUCAUGUGAAGGAGCAGGAAGCUGAAAACGCUAAAAACCUCCAUGGGGUUGUUCAUAGCAAUACAAUAAUGAUCAACCCUCUGGAAAACAUCCCAGCCAAUCAAGUGGAGGUAACUUCACAGCCCAAGGUCGAGGAGACUUUUGAUGGACAAGAUCUCUGGAGACAGUACCUGUGAUGGCAAGAUGCAGGGCUGAGGAUUAGGAAUGCGCUAUGGAGAGGGCUGUGCCACCUGUGGGUUUUCCACGAGGAGAUCUGGAAGCUACUUAAUGUGAAGUUUUCUGGGUUCAGAUCUGAGGAGCAUUUGACCUCAGGAAGCUCCAGCAGCCAAUCGAGGAGGCAGUGGCGGGGGAUAAAGUCCAGGUUCCUUCCAAGAAGUCUAAUCUCUGGUGAACGUGCGUGUGUGAGCUGUCUCCUUCUCCAGCUUGGUGCUGCAGGUUUUGUGGGAUGGAAGCGGCAUCCUGCUCCCUGCGGUGCCGAGCGCCUAGUGCACUACUUCCAGGGAAUCCGGGCUGUGGUGCCUGGCAGGGAGGAAGCCGCUGAGUGAGGAUGUAAUGCCUGAAGGAGCUUCUGCCCAGUCGCUACAGGAGGGAUGGAGAUCCCCAGGGUCCUUGGGCUCCUGGUAGAGCUCUGCAGUCUGUUAUCCUGUCUCACAUGCGUGGAGGCUUUCCUGGGAUCCCAGCCCAACCAAAACCACUUGCACAGUGCAGCAUCCAGCGUGUGCAGUGUCGGGCCUCUUGGGUACUACAAUGGCUCGCUGGCGGUCACUGAGGCGGGGGCAGAGUGCCUCAGCUGGGCUGAGUUCCCCGACUACAUCCAGCAGUACCCGGACCGUGGCCUAGGGGACCACAACCACUGCAGGAACCCCGACGGGGGAACAACACCCUGGUGCUUUUACCGGCUUGCGUCAGGGGCCAUAGGCUGGGCUAACUGUGACUGUAACCAAGGCGCAGUGCGGUUGGCUGAGGAUAACAGUGUGGAGUUGUACUUUGGUGGACUCUGGGGCACCAUCUGUGCUGACCACUGGACUGACUGGGACGCCAGUGUUGUCUGCAGGCAGCUAGGUCUCAGUGAGAUCGGCACAGCUGGGAAGAAGCGCCAUCCUGGAUUGUGGCCUCUUCCCCUGCACCUGCAGUCAGCAAACUGCCAUGGGGACGAGACAGCCCUGCUGCAGUGUGGCUAUCAGGAAGUGGUGUCUGGAGUGUGCAGCCAGGGGAGCGCCACGGUAACAUGUGUCCCUCCAGAAGGUGUAGGUGCCCCGCUGCGUUUAGUCGAGGGAAAGGAGAGCUUUGAAGGGCGAGUGGAGGUGUACCACAAUGGCAAGUGGGGCACCAUCUGUGACGACCAGUGGGAUGACCGGGACGCUGAAGUAGUUUGUAGGCAGCUGGGACUCAGUGGGAACCCAAAAGCCUUGUCUUGGGCUCACUAUGGGCAGGGAUCUGGCCCAAUCCUGCUGGAUGAAGUGGAUUGCUCAGGCAAUGAACUCUCGCUUGACCAGUGCAAGAAGAGUGACUGGGGACAGCAGAACUGCGACCACAUUGAAGAUGCCGGGGUUUCCUGUGACCCUUUCACAGAGGGGUCUGUCAGGCUGGCUGGUGGCCGCAGUCCCCACGAAGGCAGGGUAGAGGUUUAUUACAACGGAGACUGGGGCACAGUGUGUGACGAUGGCUGGACAGACCUCAAUGCCCAGGUGGUCUGCAGGCAGCUGGGCUUCAGUGGUCCUGCCACCCUGGCCUCUGAAGGUGACUAUACUGCUGGCCAAGGCUUUAUCCUGCUGGAUGAUGUGGCUUGUCUGGGAACAGAGCUGUCCCUCCUGGACUGUCCCCACAGCAACUGGGGGCAGCACGACUGCUCGCAUGUGGAGGAUGUGGGCGUCCGCUGUUCCCCCGAGGGCAACGUGGUCAUGGACGGCAGCCUGGGGCCUCCUGUGCGGCUGGUGGAUGGAGAAAGCACCAAGGAGGGACGGGUGGAGGUAUUCGUGAAUGGGCAGUGGGGCAGUGUCUGUGGUGACAGUUGGACAGACAGAGAUGCCACGGUAGUUUGCAGGCAGCUGGGAUUCAGCGGUACAGCAAAAGCCAGGGCUAUGGCUUAUUUUGGUGAAGGCCAUGGGCCCAUCCACCUGGACAACGUGGAAUGCAGUGGCACAGAGCACAGCCUGGGGCAAUGUGUCAGGCCUGACACUGCGAUUCACAGCUGCUGGCACAGUGAGGAUGCCGGUGUGAUCUGCGACUAUGUGGAAGAGAAGGUCCAGGACAUCAGAAGAACAGGUCCAGAAUCUGCUGUGUGUGGGAUGCGCCUGCUUCACCGUCGCAAGAAAAGGAUCAUAGGAGGAAACAAGUCUCUCAGAGGUGGCUGGCCAUGGCAGGCCUCACUGAGGCUGAAGGGCUUUCGUCGAGAUACUCGUCUGCUAUGCGGAGCAACACUGAUCAGCAGCUGCUGGGUGGUGACUGCAGCCCACUGCUUCAAAAGGUUUGGUGUUGAUGUGCGGCGCUACCUGCUGCGGGUGGGUGACUACCACACGGGCGUGAAGGAUGAGUUUGAGAGGGAGCUGCCUGUGGAGCAGAUCAUUCUCCACAGAAACUACUGGGCCGGCAGCAACGACAAUGAUAUUGCCCUGGUCCGCAUGCGAGGCAGAGAGGGGCACUGUGUCUCCUUCAGUCGCCACGUUCUGCCUGUCUGCCUGCCUGACAGGAAGGAAGUGUCUAACAUCAACAGGCAAGCUUGCAUCAUCUCUGGCUGGGGAGACACAGGGAAGUCCUAUUCAAGAACUCUGCUGCAGGGCGUGGUGCCCCUUCUCCCACGGGAAGACUGCGAGGUCCGCUAUGGGCAGAAGUUCACUAACCGCAUGAUUUGCGCUGGGAACCUCUCUGAAGAGAAGCGGGUGGACAGCUGCCAGGGUGACAGCGGAGGGCCACUCAUGUGUCAGAGGGCAAACGGACGCUGGAUCAUCUUGGGGAUCACUUCCUGGGGUUAUGGCUGUGGUCGGAAGGAUUCCCCCGGGGUGUAUACAAAGGUCAGCAAAUAUGUACCGUGGAUCAAGAGAGUGACCAAGCUAAAAUGAAAACGCCCGCACUCGAGGAACUUCAACGUACGUCCCUUUGCCCUGCGGGGGCAGACAGCUGUGGCUGCUGGCCUGUGACUGAGGGAGAUUUAUUUGUCAUUGAACACUGAGAACAGACUUCAACAUAGAAGGGAGAGAAAAACAGUGAUGGCUGAUUCUUUAAAGUCUUUGGUUUCACUUUAGUCCAUAAUCUCUGAGCAGAGAAAGCAAGUGCCCCCUGGUUAGAAUGAGAAUUCUGCUGUUCUGACUGUCUGUGUCCUGUAAUGCAAUCACACUUGUUCGUUUGCCCUGGCACACAGAAAUGGUGGAAGUGGAGGGAGACCUACCCCUGUACCUCUAUCCCUUUUUGUUUUAUGUUUGCAUACUUGAAAAAUGCUGCAAGGAGAGGUGGGAUGCUUGGAAGAUGGCACCAGGCUCUGGCAUAGUGGAAAUCUUCAGAUACUUUUUCAUAACAGCUCUCUUCAGUCCCAGGAAUCAGAAUAUUUGACCUGAGAUGGGGAACGACCAACAGCUGGUUUUUUUCCCUUCUUUGUUAUAUCUCUAGGAGGAACCUUCUUUCUUUUGAAUAGUAGGUCUGCUCCCAUGUGGUAUCUUUAAAGUGUCUGUCCCUGCUGAGAGAUACUUGUCCCUCCUGGAAAUGUGUCACAUUUCCAGCUGCCAGGUGCUGUGGUUUUAUUGCUGCUUUCUCAAUAUAGUGGUUCUUCUGUAUUUUGGAGUUUUUUUCUUCCUUAAAGCAGUAUGUCCUAGAAACAGUUGUUAGUAUGAGAGUACAUCUUCAUUUUUAAGAGAUAAUAGCUUUCUUGCCUUUGUGAUUAGUACAAAGAACUUAAAAAUGUGACCUCAAAAGGCUGAAUAGACAUGUUAUUUUUCUUUAAAUCUAAAUUUAAUGUUAAUCUCAAACAUUGAGGUGUUGAAUCACGAUUUAACAGCACUGUAGAGACUUUCUCCUGGUACCUUAUUCACCUUUAUUGCCCUUUAUUUGUGCAGUUAGUCUUUAAUAUCUCUGUGUUCACAGUUCUCCUACAAAACAUGGGAAUACUCCUGUGGUAUAGAUACAGAACAAACAUGGGGAGUGAGUAAUGUGCUUCAGGUGUAAAACAGUAAAGUGUGCUGCGAAGCAGCUUCCCACUCUCCCAAAGUGUGUCCUCUUCUUGCAGCCUCUCGGCUAUGCUUCCUCUCUCCUUUGCACUGUUUCCCUUUUUGCUCCUCUGAGUGGAAGUGAUCUGGCUUAACUCAAGGGUGCGUGAGCGGUGCUGUCAAGCUGUAGCUUUCCGCAUGGACAGAAAUAAUGCUGAGAGACAGCAGGGCUUAUUGAAUGCUUUGAUUUCUUCCUUCCUUCUCAUCCAAGCAAAUGAACAGUUUCCCUGUAGGCCUUAAUCAUUUUUGUAAGUUAAUAUUUCUUGAGUAGGUAGAAAAACAGACAGAAGGGCCAAGUGCAUUAACAGUCGUGCAGCACACUGUGCCUUCUCGCUGUGUGUGGACAUCCAGAGCACAGGCAGGUCUCUUUGGGAGCAAGGGGCAGUGAGCUCUGAUUUGCAGCCAAGGAAGUGAACAUGGAGAGGUGAUACAGAAUGGGACAUAUCUUGUGCAGAUGUGCACGUUUUGGGUUCGCUCAUGCUGUCAGGUCAGGCACUGACUGCUGUCUGGAAGGUCUGCACUCAGGGCACAGGGGUAUUCAGUACCUAGGGAUUGCCCAGGCAAGAGCACAGCCUGUGGAUUAGCAAUGUCAUGUUGCAGGGCAUGUGGUGACAGCUCUAGAAAUCGCCUUGGAUUCAGUAAAUAGUGACUACCUCAAGAUUUAAUUUGUCUUGUAUGAAACAGCUUAAUGGAAAGACACUGACCUGCCUAAGUGGCUGAUUUUCAUGUGUGAAUGCUGAACUGAACUGUUCCAUUCACCCUCCCCAGGGAUUAUAGGACAAAUGGGCUCCCAGUAAUGGGCCACAAUAGAAACUUGAUUUUAAAAAAAAAUUGUAGGAAUCAUGGAAACAUGCAGUGUGUCAGAACCUCUGCAAACUGGCCUUUGAGACAGCUCUGAUCUGUUUGUUCCUCUUCUUGAGGGGCUGAAUGUCUGCAGCGCAGCUUGUGCUGCUAACCCAGUUUGAAGUGCUAGGCUUGAUCCUUGGGCAGCGCUGUGCUCUGUUCUGUGCUGCUGUGUUGUCCUACAGUAGCUGGCAGAGUCCUCAGUGCCACUGCAGAGUGCUCCUUAGCUGCCAAGAAUUGAAAUGGCAGGAGGACUGAGGGCAUUUGUGUUACAGACCUCUGAUCUUGCAGGGGAUUAAAUGCCAAGUUUCACACAGGCAGCAACAGUACCUGUCUGGGAAACAUGGAGUGGUUUGGCUUACACCUUCAGCUGCCCCCAGGCCAGAGCACUGUUCCAGAGCAGCGCUGUUGCUCUUUACUGUUUAAACUGGGAUUGUGGCGGAAACCAAACACAUGUGCUUUGGCUUUCUGGGACUGCCUGGCUGGAUGAGAGGCACCCAGCCACCCUAGGACUGUGUGUUGUACCUCGUGUUGACCAGCAGCAGGUAUUUCAAAGGAUACUAUGUGUGAGUUUGUACCGAACAAGUUCUAACAGAUUUGCCUUUGGGACAGUUUUGUUCUUGGCCUAUUGAAAUUAAUUACUUGUAUUACUACUAUUAUUACUAAAAACAGAAAUACAAGUACUCUGUCCUCUGAGUGUCAUAUAAACACUAUGCACUAUCCUUUUGUGAUUAUUCUUUUUCUAAAGCAUGAGAGUUUAUAUCCCUAACUUUUAAAAAACUGUUUAGUGUAAUCAGCCUUGAUCUUUCAUAUAAAUGUUUAAUCCCUUAUUUAAUGCAGCUAAGCUCUCAGCCUCAAUAUUUUCUGGUGAUGAGAACCAAUAUAAUUCUAUUCUCCACAGCAUGUAAUUUCUUUUUAUAGCUGCUGAAUUAAAUGCCUUUUGUUGUCAUUGAAUCCCAUCUGUCCUUGUGCUCUCAGCUAUGAUAGGAAACAAGAGGCCUGGCUUUAUCCUCUCUGUUGUCCAUUACCCUAGAGACAGUCCCUUUCUAAAACAGUGGUUUCUGUCUAUCUUCACCCCAAACCAUCUCGGUAUCUGAUACCAUGCUGACUGGCUCUCCAUGGCUUCUCCUUCUGCUGGAUAUUUGAGUUUUGCUAACCAGAACAGACUGCAGUUUGCCAGGGGAAGCUGUGCCAUCUGCUGAUUGCAUUCAGUAUUAUUUUUUACAGCAGGCAAUGCUGUCAGUGGUGUCAGCCCCGUAUGUGUAUGAUGUAUGUAUGCUGGAGCGAGCUUUAAACUCGCUAGUGUGGUCUUGGUGGCAGCCUUACUAUAACGGGAUGAAAAUCCACCAAGGCUGAUUUCCCCCAUCUCAGGCAGGCAGAGCAGCCCUUCAGCUCAGGGUGAUGGCUGCAGGUAUGGCUGAGGAGUGCAGCACAGUUCUAGGCAGGGAGCACCUGAACGGCUGUGUAGAGCUCUGCCUUGGCUGACGUACCUUCAGGGCUGAAACACUACUCUGUUGCAUAAGACUAAUACUCAUACACUAUUUCCAGGGUCUGAGAGCUCAGUCACUGUUGCUGGUGUCUGCACUGUGCCACAUGGAUGCUCCUAUAGCUGUGUGGCACACACUGGUUGUAUGAGAAAGGGAAUGUCACUGUGAUCGGCUGGGAGCAUUGACAUGAGUAGACACAUGGCUAUGGAAAGGGUCUACGGAGCAGCUAUUGCUGCUCCAUGUAUCCCUCUUUGAGGGAGUACCCCAGGGCUCCACAAAGGCUGACGUAGUGCUGGUGUUGUCCUGACCUGCAGUGCCUGCACUGGUACCCUUGUCAGCCCUGUCUUGACACCAGCCCAGACUUCGGUCAACUGAAGCUAGAUUAUAGAUUUAUCCCUUUGCUGUAGCUGAACACUGUUCUAAAGAGUUCUAUGCUGUAAUUAAUCAGGCAGCUCUUUAUUACUCUGGACGGGGUGUCAAUUGCCCUUGUAAUCCUUGUACACUUGUAGCAGAGAACAACAGACCAAUUUCUCAAAGGUGUUAGUGGAGGCAUUGUUGAGGAACCAUGAACACAGGUAUUUGUUCUCUCAGGGGUAAGAGAGGUGAGCCUGCCUUUUGUCUGCCUGCUUUCCUUCCUUUCUGGAGCCAAUAUCCUGAAGUCUUGUCACCCCAAAAAGCUUCAGUGUUACCUCAAGAACUUGCAGUCAGAUUUCAUGUGCAUAUGCAGCAAUCAGGUGAAAGCUUUUGAGAGGUGAACUGCACUGUAGUGUUUAAUACCAUCUUGAUAGACUCACUGGGAGUUUCUUGGAGACAGAGGGCCUCCGGUGGUGAUGAGGGCAGGACCACUCCUUGUGGAACAAGGGACUUUGACCCAGACCAACACACAACUCAGACUGUAUUUUCACUUGUUCAGAAAAACAUUUAAUUUCCCACAUAAAGAAGAAAAACUUACUGGUGGUGUAGCCCACUUGGUCCCAUUAACAUCCCUUUCUCCUAACCAGAGGCUGAGUAGCUCUGAAAUCAGCCAAGUGCCAAACCUGGAUCAGCACCAAUGGCUCUCAAGGUAUGCGAAUAAAUAGAUUAUGCUGUUACUGUGUGGGU